AUGCCCCCUGCCAAGAAGAGAAAGACCGAGUCCAAGGCUGCCGCCGACGAGGAAGCCAACCAAAGCCCACCGACAAAAUCUGCCUCCACUGAAGAACCCGAAGCGACAGAGGCAGCCGCCGCAUCAACAGAGACGACAGAAGCUCACCCAGCAUCAUCAGCGAACGAUGCCGCCUCAAAAGCACAAGAUCGCAUGGCGCGAUUCAAGGCGCUGAAGGCCCGCGCUAAGAGUUCAUCCGACCAAAAUUUCAAAGAAGCGACGCUCGAGUCGCAGCGUCUCGCCACAGACCCAAGCCAGCUGGCCGCAAUCCACCGCAAGCAGGCCAUCGCCUCGCACAAGCUGCUCAAGGCAGAUGUCGAGGACGCGGGCGGCGACUUUGAACGUAAGCGCGCGUGGGACUGGACCAUCGACGAGAGCGAGAAAUGGGACAAGCGCGUGAAGAAGAAGGAGGCGCAUCGCGACAACAACGCGUUCCAGGACUACACUGCCGAGAGCAACAAGAUCUACAAGCGGCAGCUGAGGAAUAUCGCGCCCGACAUGGAGAAGUACGAGAAGGACAAGAUGGCCGCCAUCGAACGCGCGGCGGCGUCUGGUGGCCUGGACAUUGUCGAGACGGAAGACGGAGAGCUUAUUGCCGUGGACAAGGACGGAUCAUUCUACUCAACGGCCGACUCUACGACGUUUACACAAAACAAGCCGGAUAAGGCUGCAGUCGACCGCCUUGUGGAGGAUCUCAGGAGAGCCGAGGAGAACAGGUUGAAGAAGAGGAAGGAUCGUAUGGCGCAGAACGGCGACGACGGCGACGUCACAUACAUCAACGAGAAGAACAAGCAGUUCAACCAGAAGCUGGCACGCUUCUACAAUAAGUACACUGCGGAGAUCAGGGACAGUUUCGAGCGAGGAACAAUGAUUUAG